AUUGACAAUCAGCAUACACAGAGUGGGAAGAACUAAAGUUGGCUCACAGAGUCCCCGAAGGGUGGAGUCUGAGCAGAAGCGCUUUCAAUUUCUCACCCAGAAGUCUGGCCUAUAAACCUGUAACGAGCUCUUGAGAGGCUUUUUUUGUUGUUGAAGGAGAAACACUGGGAGCUGUGGACCCCACUGGAAUCCUAGCCGAGGAGAACUUAUAAUGGAACCUUCACCACUUGAGUUACCAGCUGACACAGUCCGACGCAUCGCAUCUGAACUUAGAUGUCACCCAACAGAUGAGAGGGUUGCCCUCCGCCUCGAUGAGGAAGAUAAGCUGAGGCACUUCAGGGAGUGUUUUUAUAUUCCCAAAAUGCAGGAUCUGCCUCCAAUUGAUUUAUCUUUAGUGAAUAAGGUUGAAGAAGCCAUCUAUUUCUUGGGAAAUUCUCUUGGGCUUCAACCGAAAACGGUUAAAACAUAUCUGGAAGAAGAACUAGAUAAGUGGGCCAAAAUGGGAGCCUAUGGUCAUGAUGUAGGGAAACGUCCUUGGAUUAUAGGAGAUGAGACUAUUUUAGGACUUAUGACUGACAUUGUAGGAGCCAAUGAGAAAGAAAUAGCCCUAAUGAAUGGUUUGACUGUUAAUUUACAUCUUCUAUUGUUAUCGUUUUUCAAGCCUACGCCCCAACGGUAUAAAAUUCUCCUAGAAGCUAAAGCCUUCCCUUCAGAUCAUUAUGCUAUUGAGUCACAGCUUCAACUUCAUGGACUUAACAUUGAGAAAAGUAUGCGGCUUAUAAAGCCAAGAGAGGGGGAAGAAACACUGAGAUUAGAGGAUAUCCUUGAAGUAAUUGAGAAUGAAGGUGACUCUAUUGCAGUGAUCCUGUUCAGUGGUGUGCAUUUUUAUACUGGCCAGCUCUUUAAUAUGCCUGCCAUCACGAAAGCCGGACAAGCAAAGGGUUGUUUGGUUGGCUUUGAUCUGGCACAUGCAGUUGGAAAUGUUGAACUCCACUUACAUGAGUGGGGAGUUGAUUUUGCCUGCUGGUGCUCCUACAAGUAUUUAAAUACAGGAGCAGGAGGUCUUGCUGGUGCCUUUGUCCAUGAAAAGCAUGCCUAUACAAUUAAACCUGCGUUAGUGGGAUGGUUUGGCCACGAAUUAAGCACCAGAUUUAAGAUGGAUAACAAACUGCAGUUAAUCCCUGGGGUCAAUGGAUUCCGAAUUUCAAAUCCUCCCAUUCUAUUGGUCUGUUCCUUACAUGCUAGUUUAGAGAUCUUCAGGCAAGCAACUAUGAAAGCACUGAGGAGAAAAUCUGUUUUGCUAACUGGUUAUCUGGAAUACAUGAUCAAGCAUCACUUCAGCCAGGAUAAAGCAGAAACCAAGAAAACAGUUGUGAACAUAAUUACUCCAUCCCGUAUAGAGGAUCGCGGCUGCCAGCUAACCCUAACAUUUUCUAUUCCAAUUAAAUAUAUUUUCCAAGAACUAGAAAAAAGAGGAGUGGUUUGUGACAAACGGGAUCCAAAUGGGAUUCGAGUGGCUCCAGUUCCUCUCUACAAUUCUUUCCAUGAUGUUUAUAAAUUUAUCAAUCUGCUCAUUUCUGCACUUGACUCUGCAGAAACAAAAGUAGCCGAGUUUUCCAUAGCAACUUAAGCAAAUAAUAUGGAAAGCCUGCGGUUAUUUUAUUCCUAUUAUUCAAGUUUUAAUUAUUUCAAAACUGAUUACACAUAACUGGCAGUCAAUUGUAUACUUUACAGAAAAACAAGACAAUUUUUUUAAAGGUCUGUGGCCUUGAGAUAUCUGCAUGGCUGUCCAAUUUCUUGGUGUUUGGUGGAUCAAAGUCUUUACUGGUGCAAGUAUUAUGUACACAGUCUUGAUUAGCUGUCAUAUUUCAUUGUUAAUGAAAUGUUUUUUG